GUCCUAGUGUAGACGGUACACAACGUUGUAGCCUAUGAGAGACAAGGAGGACACACACUUGGACAACCGGAUCUUGCAAUCAGCUAGACGCCCGAUAGCCCACGUGUCCCUAGGACCGGAGGGUGAUAGGAUUCUGUUCCGCCAGCUUAGGGACAAACAGCAGCAGCAGAGAAACCAGUUGGCAAAAGAAGCCAAUAUCAAUAUGCACAACUUCCCUUCGUUCAGCAAGGUGGCCCUAGACCUUGAGGCUAAGAUAGGGCAUGGACAGGCACCCACUACGGAUGAGAAGGAACUCUAUGCGGUUUACAAGGCUCUAACCCAUUGGAGACACUAUCACCUUGGGAGAUUUUUCAUCCUCAGGACUGAUCAUCAGACCCUGAGAUGGAUGAGAACCCAACCUGUACUUUCUGACGCCCUCAAGCGUUGGAUCGAAGUCGUUGAACAGUAUGACUUUGACCCUCAGUAUCUGAAAGGGGAGUACAACAAGGUUGGGGAUGCCUUGUCGCGUAGACCUGAUUUCUCAGGUGCGCUGAUUACUGAGUUUAAUCUGACGGACCAUGUUAAUCAGUCCUUGGUGGAAGCCUAUCGCGAGGACCAGUUUAUGUCCGAGAUCAUACGCAGACUCCAGGCAAAGGACAAGAAGACCUCUGCUGAGUUUGAGUUGGUCAAUGGCUUGUUGUUCCUUGAGAAGGACAGGAAUAAACGAUUGUGUGUCCCAAGUAGCGAGUCUUUGCGUAGUUUGUUUUUAGGUGAGUGCCAUGAUGCCACCGGCCAUUUUGGGUACAAGAAGACCGCAGCCAAUCUGCUGCAGCGAUUCUGGUGGCCCACGAUGAUGCGAGACGCCCAACUGUACGUGGAGACUUGUCAGUAUGCUAGGUUAGUGGCAAUGCCGGAAACAGCCAGAACGGAGUAUGUGAUUAGAAUGUUUAAAGAGAACUGGGUCAGGGACUUUGGUUUACCCAAGUCUAUUAUUAGUGACAGGGAUGUCCGGUUCACCAGCGAGUUGUGGAAGGCUGCUGCUGCAGAGCAGGGAACUCAGUUGCAGAUGACUUCAAGGAAUCACCCAGAGGCCAACGGUCAGGCUGAGCAACUGAACCGCGUUGUACAACACCUGUUGAGGCAUUACAUCAAGCCCAACCAGGUGGACUGGGAUGAGAAGCUUGCUCUCAUCGCCAGCUUGUACAACAACGCUGUACACAGCGCCACCGGGGUGAGCCCAAACAGCUUACUGCUAACAUUCAAGCCUAGACUGCCCCUAGACUUUCUUCUUCCUGAGAAUCAAACCACUGCUGCACCAGGUACCUUGGAAUUUGCUUACCGCUAUGAACAGAAGAUGCAGCAGGCUGUAGAACAGAUGCAGAAGGCUCAGGCUGCAAUGAUAGAGUCUGAAAAUAGACACCGUCGGCCUUCUACAUUUCAGGUUGGGGAUAGGGUCUGGGUUAAGUCGUCAGAACCGGGACAGGAGCACGGGAUCUCCCGCAAACUCAUGCCCCAGUACUUUGGACCCUGGGAAGUCUUGGAUAUCAUCGGGACAGAUCCGGAUGGUCCAUCUUAUGUUAUCCGGAUCCCUGGUCAUCUCCGUACUUACCCUGUCUUUCACGCCUCCAAGCUGGCACCUUUCAAAGAUACUGAUCAGUUUCCAUCUCGUCGCUCAAUGCUGCCCCCAACCAUGAAUGGAGAGGUGGACAUCGAUGAUAUUGUGGAUCACAGAGAGCUGCCGAUAUCAAGACCAGCAAGCAGGGGACGUCCUCUGAAACCGAAGCUGCAGUACCGCGUUCGGUUCCGGCAUCACACUGAUCCAAAGGAGGAUCGCUGGUUCACCAGGGAAGAGCUCAUGCAGACCGCUCCUCAAGUUGUAACCCUGCAAAAGGGAAAGCGCCCUAUGAUCGAAGAUUGAGCUUCUCAGAGGACUGUUGAAGCUAAGGAGGAGGGAAUGCGAGGCCAGUGCCUCUAUGAGCCCCAUAAG